AAAAAAUGGAAGCGAAAACCUCUCUUCUCCAUUUCAUCCUCUUUAUCUUCCUCCUCUCUCAUUUUUCUCACUCAGCUUCUUCAAGAGUCCUAAACAACUCCUCAUCCUCGGCGAGGUUUCCGAGUGGUCAUGCAGAGAGGCUGAUCAAAUCCUUCAACCUAAUGCCAAAACAUGACGUUAAUGUCAUCACAAAGGGAAGCCUUGAUGCACCACGACUCGUUGAAAGCCAAAUCAAUUUUCAGGAAAUGAUCGGUUUAAGAAACGCUUCAGGUGGUCCUUCUGUCGAAGAGUUUGGCCACUAUGCCGGUUACUACAGCCUCCCUCAUUCGAAAUCAGCCAAGAUGUUCUAUUUCUUCUUUGAGUCACGGACCAACAAUACCGAUCCAGUUGUGAUAUGGUUAUCUGGUGGACCGGGUUGUAGUAGCAGUGUGGCUUUGUUCUAUGAGAACGGUCCGUUCACAAUAUCGGACGAUCUCUCUCUUUCUUGGAACGAUUUUGGUUGGGACAAGGUAUCCAAUCUAUUAUACGUGGACCAACCGGUCGGGACCGGUUUCAGUUACACCUCGGACACUAGUGAUCUCCGUCACGACGAGACUGGUGUCAGCAAUGAUCUUUACGAUUUCUUACAGGCCUUUUUCAAAGAACAUCCAAAAUAUGCAAAGAACGAUUUCUAUAUUACUGGUGAAUCUUACGCUGGUCACUACAUCCCGGCUUUGGCUUCAAGAGUUCACAGUGGAAACAAGAAUAAGGAAGGAGUUCCAAUCAACCUUAAGGGUUUUGCGAUUGGGAACGGUUUAACCAAUCCGGAGAUUCAAUAUGGUGCAUAUGGGGAUUAUGCACUGGAAAUGAAGUUGAUCUCUGAGUCUGAUCACGAUAGUCUCAAACAAGACUAUGUUGAUUGUCAAAGUUCCGCCAAACAAUGCAACCUUAAUGGUGGUGCAGAAUGUAGCUCUGCUUACGAAACUUGCAACAACAUCUUCGACCAGAUAAUGAGCAAAAUAGAAGGCACAAAUUAUUAUGACUUGAGGAAGAAAUGUGUGGGAAGCUUGUGCUAUGACUUUUCGAAGAUGGAAACAUUCUUGAACCAAGAAAACGUCCGCAAAGCUUUAGGAGUUGGAGACAUCGAAUUUGUGUCGUGUAGUACCUCAGUUUAUGAUGAAAUGCGGAAUGAUUGGAUGAUUAAUCUUGCUGUCAAGAUUCCAGCUCUCGUCGAAGAUGGAAUCAGUGUCCUUGUCUAUGCAGGAGAAUAUGAUCUCAUCUGUAAUUGGCUUGGUAACUCAAGGUGGGUUGAGCAGAUGAAUUGGUCAGGCCAAAAGGAUUUUGGAGCAUCCAAGACAGUACCGUUCCUGGUAGAUAGUAAAGAAGCUGGUUUAAUGAAGAAUCAUGGUCCUCUCACUUUUUUGAAGGUUCAUGACGCUGGACACAUGGUUCCCAUGGAUCAGCCAAAGGCGUCUUUGCAAAUGCUUCAGACUUGGAUGCAAGGAAAGCUCGCUGCUCCGACCACUGGGGCAACAGUUCGUCCGUGA